UAUGCCAGACUUUCGUGUCAUUUCGAAGAACUUCUGAGCCGUAAUGUAGGCAGAAGUAAACUACAAGCGCUGGAUCGCUUGUUCAAAGACUUGUGAUUGUUAUUUCUUUACAUUUUGCGGCAUAUUAUCCUUUACAAACUGAUUCGCGACGUGCUGCAAGUCUUUGAUUUACCUGCAUUCUGUGUACCUGUGAGGAUUUCGAAACAAUACCGGAUAUUGAUUUCUUAGUGCAAUGAAGAGAUUGGUUAUUUUCGCUUCGCUCCUGUGGCUGGCCACAGAUACUGUGUAUGCUUGUAACUGCACCGUGGAUUGUGUGAGCUCUUGCCCUGCUGGGCAGUAUUAUGACAACGGUGUGUGCCAGGACUGCCCGCCUGGUUAUUAUUGUCAAGGCGCCAGUUUUGCCAAGACCGCAUGUUCGGCUGGCACCUACAACUCCAACACCGGUUCCAGCUCAUCUUCUGCCUGCCAAGCCUGUGGUGCGACUGAAAUCAGUUCUGCUGGGGCCACUUCCUGCUCAAGUUGCCCAGCGGGCUACAGCUGCAGUGGAAACGUUCAGACGGCAUGUAACAGUGGGGAAUACGCCGAGACAGGGGUUGGAACCUGCACAGCUUGUCCGUCUGGAAAAAUAUGUCCCACCACUACAAAUGCUCCACAGGAUUGCCCUGCUGGUCAGGUUCCUAAUGGUGGACAGACUGCUUGUGUGGACUGUUCGGCUGGGACGUAUCGUAGCAGCUCAGAUGCAAGUUGUGUCUCUUGUCCAGAGGGACACAAGUGCCCCAGCAGUGGCAUGUCCAGCGCGACACAGUGCCCAAACGGAGAGUACCAGGCCAGUACUGGAAAGACAUCCUGUGAUGACUGCCCAGCUGGGAGUGAAUGUUCUGACCCGACCACUGCUGCUGCAUGCCCAGCAGGGCAGUACUCAGAAGCCAGGGCCAUAACCUGUACCUCAUGCGCAUCAGGUUUCUACAGCUCAUCAUCUGGUCAGAGCAGCUGCACUGAGUGCUCAGCUGGUCAUUUUUGCACCUCCACCACCCAGACUGUCUGUGGAGCCACCAAAUACAGUAGUGCCGGGGCUACAAGCUGUGACACGUGCCCAGCUGGGUCUGAAUGCCCAGGCCCCAGCACAAGCAGUCCCAUUCAGUGCCUGGCAGGCACGUAUGCCCCAGCAGGGUCUUCAGCCUGUCUUUCCUGUGAUGCUGGCUAUCAGUGUCCAGUAGAUGGUAUGACAGCACAGGAUGCUUGUACUGGUGCCACCUAUAGUAACACCACUGGCGUGACUAGCUGUACUACUUGCCCUGCAGGUCAAAGAUGUCCCAGUACUUCAUCCAGCCCGAUCUCCUGCUUGGCUGGAGAAUACAGUGCAGCCGGUGAUGUCACGUGCACCACAUGUGCAGAUGGGUACUACAGUUCAUCGGGUGGUGCAACUAGCUGUGAUGCUUGCCCUCAGGGGUUUCAAUGUACGGACAAAGCUAUAGCUCCUGUGGCCUGUAAUGCAGGAGAAUACAGCACUGGCACCCAGAUUGCUUGUACUGCCUGCGGGUCAGGCACUUACAAAACAUCAUCAGGUGUUGGCUCGUGUCAGACGUGUCCUGCAGGCAGUGAAUGCCCCACCCAGACUGCAGCUUCUCCCUGUGCUAGUGGCUACUACUCUCAGGCAGGUGCCACAGCCUGUCUGGCAUGUCCCGGAGGCUACAGUUGUGCCGAUGCAUCACUGUCGCCCGUCCUGUGUACCAGCCGUAGCUACAGCAGCAACACCAGCACCAGCUGCACCACCUGCCCACAGGGCUACUACUGCCCGGGUGAUGGCAUGACCGAGCCCAUUGCUUGUGCUGCUGGCUGGUACCAGACUGGCACUGGUCAGACAAGUUGCACAGAGUGCCCACAAGGUCAAAAAUGCGCUAGCAGAACAUCUAACCCUGUUGAUUGUCCUGAGGGGGAAUACCAGGAUGGCAGAGGAAUGGAGACUUGUAAAUCCUGUGCAUCUGGUUACUAUGCUGACAGUCAGGGAAGCGUUACAUGCACUAUCUGCCCUGCAGGAUCCAAAUGUCCCGAUCCUUCUGUUUCUCCCGUGUCCUGUAGCAGUGGGGAGUACUCCUCUGCGGGAGCCACCGCUUGCACUGCCUGCCCAUCUGGAACUGUGUGCUCAGGAUCAGGGGUCACCACAUGUGCUAAUGGCCAGUAUAGUGAUGGCAGCAGUUGCGUUGACUGCCCGGCCGGCUAUGCCUGUCCUUCACCGUUGUCCGGCCCACAGAUCUGUGUGAAUGGGACAUACCAGGACUCUCUAGGUCAGACUAGCUGUCUGUCAUGUCCAGCUGGUCAGUCUUGUUUGGAUGUGAGUGCAGCCCCUGUAGACUGUUCCGCUGGAUUCUUCAGUGCUGCAGCUGAAGGAACUUGCACACGAUGCCCCGACGGAUUUUACAGCUCAUCUGGUGCCAGCUCUUGCUCUUCAUGCCCAGCAGGUCAGAAAUGUUUCGACGGUGUCAGCGCCACAACGCCCGUUGAUUGCACGGCCGGAACCUACAGUGCUGCCGGGGAAACCACAUGCUCCAGCUGUGCAUCAGGUACAUACAGUUCUACUGCGGCCUCGGAGUGCUCUCUGUGUCCGGCUGGCUCUUCCUGUGCUGACCCGGCCCAAAGCCCCCAGGCCUGUGCUUCUGGCUACUACAGUCUGCUGGGCACUACGGUGAGCUGCACAAUAUGUCCAGCUGGUUACUACUGUGCCUCUGCCUCUGCUGCACCUCAAGCCUGUGCUAGUGGAACGUACUCGACUGACGGACUCACUGCUUGCCUUCCGUGUCCCACUGGGCAAUCUUGUCUGGAUGCUUCUGUUUCUCCUGUAAACUGUAAUUCAGGACACUACAGUCCUGAGGGUACUUCUUACUGCAUAGAAUGUCCAGCUGGAAUGGAAUGUGACCCAGCCCUGGAUGUAUUGUCUGCCUGCAGCUCUGGCUCUUACAGCCUGGCAGGACAUGCUAGCUGCUCUGUGUGUCCGUCUGGUCAGAUGUGCCCCUUCCAGAACAUCAACCCAAUUGACUGUCCAUCCGGUACCUACUCACUGGGCGCUGCCACAACCUGCACCGCAUGUCCUGCUGGGUCAGAAUGUCCAUCUACCAGCUCAAGCCCAGCAAGCUGUGGAUCAGGCACCUACAGCUUGGAGCGGUCAGUGAGCUGCACAGCCUGUCCGGCGGGCUACCAGUGUCCCACCACCAGUGCUCAGCCCACAGCUUGUGCAGCCGGCACUUACUCUAUGGGGAGCCAGACCAGCUGCACAGCUUGUGAUGCUGGCUAUGCCUGCCCAUCGAUCGCCACAGCUGCUGACAAGUAUGCAUGCCCUGCUGGUUCUUACUCUGUGGGCAGUCAAGACACUUGCACAGACUGCUCCCCGGGCUUUUACUGCACAAACCCCACCAGCAGCGUAGAAACACCCUGUAGCACAGGAGAGUAUUCAGAGUCCAGGAGUAGUUCAUGCACACCUUGUCCAGCUGGCUACGAAUGUCCUAACAAAGAUGGCUCCCAGAACGCAGUCUGCUUACCGGGAUACUACUCGACUGGCUCUGCCACAAGCUGCACAAUUUGUCCUGCUGGCAAAGCAUGUCCAGAGACAACCUCGGCCACUCAGACCACAUGUGCUGCAGGAACGUAUUCAGUGGGUGGUCAGCAGGAGUGCACGAUCUGUCCGGCAGGGUAUGAGUGCCCGUCCACCACUGUGGCCACACAAACCCAGUGCAGCACGGGCUACUACAGCGAAGGUGGACGAGCGGCCUGUGUACAGUGUCCUGACGGAUACUCCUGUCCCUCUAUCUAUGAUGACUUGAAGCUGCAGUGUCCUACUGGCUACUAUGCACUAACAGGUGCCACAACUUGCACGGAGUGCCCUGCUGGUGAAGAAUGUCCCAACACCAACGCUGCAGGCACGGCUUGUACUGGCGGCUACUACAGUCUGGGAGCUCAGGCUUCUUGCACAGCUUGUCCUGCUGGUUAUGAGUGUCCUAAUGUUGCAUCAGAGCCCGUGAUCUGUGCAGUUGGCAAAUACAGCACUGGGCUUGCCACUUCUUGCACUGACUGUGAUGCAGGUUUUGUGUGCACAGAAGGCAGCACCCAAGCUGCCCCACCCUCCGACAUCUGUCCCCUUGGCUCCUACUGCUUGUCUGGUGCUACAUCUGCCACUCCCUGUCCUGCUGGCAAGUAUGGACACGACCUUGGGCUGACCGCUGAUUCUGACUGCAAAGAGUGCCCUCAAGGUUACUAUUGUCUAGAGGGGACGGCUGGAAUCCCGAGGUCUAAUCUGCUUUGUCCGAGAGGCCAUUACUGUCCGGCUUCGACUCCAGAUUACAAAGACAACCCAUGUCCUGGUGGAACGUUUUACAACUACCUCGGAGCUGUCGAUUCCUCCGAGUGCCUAGCAUGUCCCAGGGGGCGUUACUGUCCUCAAGGUACCAGCGAUCCGUACUACGACUCAAAUGUGUGUCCACGGGGUAGCUACUGUCCUGCCUCCACUGGUUCACCUAUCAACUGUAAUGCUGGACUGUACACAGAGGAAACAGGUUCCACAGGGGUGGAGUUUUGCAAGAUCUGCCCUGCUGGCUACUAUUGUCUGUCUGGCACAGAUUCCCCAGAACCUUGUCCCCCUGGCACUUUCAAUGAACACACCUCUGGGUCUGCAGCAGCAAGUUGUGAAGCGUGUACGGCUGGCUGGGCGUGCACUGAAAACGCACUGACUGCUCCCAAUGUACGAUGUGACCCAGGUCACUACUGCAGCGGUGGGAACUCUCUUCCGGACUCUGAGCCAUGCCCUGCUGGGACGUACACAAACUUCAACAAUCUGACGUCACCUGCCCAGUGUACUACCUGCCCAGAAAAGAUUGCCUGUUUAAGUCCAACUGGAGGUGUGAAUCACCCUCCCAAAGCAUGCGCAACUGGUCACUACUGCCCGCUGGGCACAGAGUACGAUAACCAGUACCCAUGUCCUGCUGGGAGCUUCACCAACCUGACCAAUCUGUACCGCUCUGAAGACUGCUACACUUGCACAAAGGGCUACUACUGUGUGGCAGGGUCCUCCGCUCCAACCGCUCUCUGCUUUGCAGGCCACUGGUGUCCCCCAGGUACAAAAACUGGUAAUGAAAACCCUUGCCAUGCUGGCUCCUUCAGCGGGAAUACUGGCAACAUUCGAUGGGAACAGUGUGAAGACUGUACCAAGGGACACUACUGUCCACAGGCAUCCACUGCUCCAACUCCUUGCCUAGCGGGUACUUUCAAUAGUGAAAUCAAGGGUGAAGAUGUCAAUAUUUGUUUGAACUGCACAGCAGGCUACUACUGCCCAGGAACAGGCAACGUGGACCCCAUCAUUUGUGACAAAGGAAACUACUCUGAUACAGGUGCCGCUUCCUGCACAACAUGUGAGGCCGGUCAUUAUUGCGACCAAAAUACCACGUCUUUGACCUUCAUGAACACUUACCGCAUCUGCCCAGCGGGUGUUGAGUGCCCUCCUGGAAUGACAAGACAACCCGAUCUCAUCUCGGAUGAGUGUCGCAUUGGUUAUUACUGUCCAGCCGGAAACAUUUCACCUUACCCUGUAAAAUGUCCAAUUGGAACUUACAACCCAGAUACAGGCCGGAAGACUGUGGAUGACUGUGUCCAGUGUACUCCAGGCAUGUACUGUGACUCAGAAGGUCUCUCAGCCCCGGCUGGCGACUGCCCUGGUGGUCACUACUGUCCACUUGGCACUGGUGCCUCCACUUCCUUCCCUUGUCCCAUCGGCUUCUACAGAAACAGCUCUGCCAGGGAGUCCUUCCAAGACUGCACUGAGUGUAUCUCUGGCUACUACUGUGACGUCGAGGGUCUGGCUGUGCCCAUAGAUUGUCCCCCUGGGUACUUCUGUGUGAGCGGCAGCAUCACCCCUCAGCCCUGCCCACUGGGCACCUACAGCAACUCCACUGGCCUCCGACGUUCGACAGACUGCACACCCUGCCCCGGGGGUCAAUACUGCGAUGGGAUUGGUCGAACAGAGCCUGCAGGCCUGUGUGAUCCAGGCUUCUACUGCAGAGAAAAGGCUUACACCUCCGCACCUCCAGAUGGCCCCACUGGUGGCUUGUGUCCUGCUGGAGGCUACUGUCCAGAAGGGUCAGCAACUGCCACCCCUUGUCCAGUGGGCAAGUACAGUAAAUCAGAUGGUGCCAAAGACGAGACUGAUUGCAUCCCCUGUGACCCAGGCUUCUUCUGUGCUGGCAGCAGUAGCACCCAGGCCUCAGAGCAGUGCUCCCCAGGCUACUAUUGCACUGGUGGAGCGGGUGUCCCCACACAGUAUGACACACCGAGGGGUCACUACACAGAGGCGGGAGCGUACAAGCCUGAACCUUGCCCGGCCGGACAGUACCAGCCCACGGAGAGGGCCUCCUCCUGCCUCUCCUGUCCGCAGAGUUUCUACUGUAAUGGGACAGGCAUCUACGAAAAGAUCCUGUGUCCAGCUGGUCACUACUGUCCAGAGAGCAGUGAAUUUCCUACUCCGUGUCCUCCCGGAACGUUCUUGAAGGAUGUUGGAAUGUAUGAACUGAGCCAUUGCCAGGCAUGUACUGAGGGCUAUGCCUGUGAGAGCUACGGUAUGCCAGACGGAGAUACUACACCCUGCAGUGCCGGCUACUACUGCCUGGAAGGCUCAAACACAACCAUACCUGUUGGAAUGUCCUUUGGAGAUGUCUGCCCACCUGGACACUAUUGCCCUGAGGGCACGGCUUCUUACAAUGACACCAGAUGUCCAAAUGGCACCUACAGUAAUUUCACUGGUUUGACGGAUGAAUCCCAAUGCAUUGCCUGUGACCCUGGUCUUGUUUGCGCUGGUUAUGGUCUCACCGAACCAAAUGGAAUCUGCGCUGCAGGCUACUUUUGUCGAGGUUCAGCCUACACCACCAAACCCAAGGAUGGUGGUGCCACUGGUGAUUUGUGUCCCAAAGGUCAUUAUUGCCCACUGGGCACGGGAGAGGCAAAGACAUGUGAACCAGGUUCUUUCACUAAUGUGACUGGCUUAGACUACUGUUUCGACUGUCCGGCGGGCUAUUACUGUGUGGAUGGGGAGAUACCCCUCAGGUGUCCUCGGGGCCGCUAUUGCCCUGGUAACAAUACUGCUGCCCAGCCAUACUGUCCAAGGGGAACUUACAAUCCUGACUUUGGCAUGGUGUACGAGUCAGACUGCAGACCUUGUCUCGGUGGCUACUACUGUGACAUGCUUGGGGCCACGGAAUUCGAUCCCAGCCUCAACAAUACAGGUGUCGGGCUCUGCUCCCCCGGCUACUACUGCAAGUCAGGUGUCAACAUCAGCACCCCCACCACAGACACUACCAGCGGUAUUGGGGGUCCUUGUCCUACUGGUUAUUACUGUCCUGAGCAGACUGAGGAUCCCUUCAUGUGCCCCAACGGAACGUACCGUGACGUAGAGAUGGGAGCUGACAAGGAUACUGAUUGUUUCGCUUGUAUUCUUGGUUACUAUUGUGGCUCUGAAGGCCUUUCAAACGCCACAGGGAAGUGUGACCCUGGCUUUUACUGUCUCCGUGGAAAUAGUGAGCCCAACCCAACAGGUGCUGAUCCAGCGAUUGGUGGUCCGUGUCCUGCUGGGCACUAUUGUCCUGAGGGUACCUCCUACCCCUUGGAGUGUCCAUCUGGAACUUACAACAAUGUCACUGGCCGAUCAGAGUGCUUUGACUGUCCAGCUGCUCACUUCUGUCCUGAAAACGUUACAGAUUAUGCUCCUUACCCAUGCCCAGAAGGCCACUACUGCCCUGUGGGUACCCAAGUGUCUACUCAGUUCCCCUGUCCUAAGGGCACCUUCAGAAACUUGAGUAUGGGCAUCAGCGAGUCGGAUUGCUUCCCCUGCACGCCGGGCAUGUACUGUGGUGGAGAGGGUCUCAGCGUGCCGACAGAUUUCUGUGACCAAGGCUACUUCUGUGUGCUGGGAGCCUGGUCCUCCUCUCCGUCGGAGUACGACAAUUUCACAGUCGGUGAUUGCCUCUGCCCCAGCAAUGUGACUGGUGGUCAGUGUCAGCCAGGCUACUACUGUCCUCAGGGUUCCUCGGAGCCAAUUGCUUGCACAGAAGGCCACUACUGUGAAACCCCAGGCCUUCAUGCUGUGACUGGUUCCUGCCGUGCGGGCUACUACUGCGACAGAGGUGCCAGUAUAGAGGACCCUACAGAUGGUGUUACUGGUGAUGUCUGUCCCCCUGGGCGUUAUUGUGGCAUCGGCACAGGUGUGGACCAGCCCCGCUGUCCCUCUGGAACCUUCUCCAACAAAACAGGGAAUCAGGAUGUUUCUGACUGCACAAGCUGCACGGAGGGCUACUAUUGUAACUCUCCAGGUCUAACUGAGCCAACAGGAAAAUGUACAGAAGGUUAUUACUGCCCCACUGGACAGAGUAUUGCCACUCCAUUCACCUGCAGUGCAGGUUACUAUUGUCCAGAAGGCAGUCAUGAAGAGAUCCAUUGUCCAUCUGGUACCUACCAGGAUCAGACUGGUCAAGGUGUAUGCAAAGAGUGUCCAUCAGGGUACUAUUGCAACAGUUCUGACAACCUGGACUCGUAUUUGUCGUACCUGUGUCCUGAGGGCCACUACUGUCCAAAUGGUACACGAUGGUCAACGGAACACCCUUGUCCUGCAGGCUCGUACAAUCCGUACACACAGCUGACCGCUGAGUCUGAAUGUACGGCUUGCGACACCGGCAAAUACUGCAGCACACCAGGACUCAGUAAUUACACAGGGGACUGCUCUGCUCGCUACUGGUGCAUCAACGGAUCAGCAUCUGCAACCCCGAUAGAUGGAGUGACUGGUGACCACUGUCCAGAGGGUCAUUACUGUACUCGCGGUACCACUGACCCAACCCCAUGCCCCACUGGCAAAUGGUCGGGUAGCACAGGCUUGGCUCUGGAGACGGAGUGUUCAACUUGUACGGGCGGGUAUUAUUGCAAUGGCACAGGUCUGACUACACCCUCCGGCCCGUGCUCUCCUGGCUUCUACUGCAGCGGUUCAUCGGUCACUCCAGUCCCGGACGACGGUGGUGUGACUGGAGCUCCAUGUACCAUUGGUCACUACUGUCCUGAGGGAACAGCUGUUCCAGUUCCUUGUGCACAUGGCACUUACAUGAACGAGACGGGAGCCUCUAGCUGCUGGAACUGCACACCGGGAUACUACUGUGUGUCUGCGGUGCAGCCAGAGUUGUGUCCACCUGGUUUCUAUUGUCCGGAGAGCACGGGCCUGGUGUGGCAGUCGUGCCCCACUGGAACGUUUAGCACUGCCACAGGCCUCUUUGAGGAGCCACAGUGCACCCAGUGUACAGGAGGGAGCUACUGCUCUCAGCCCAACGCCACAGCCGUCACAGGCCUGUGUGACCCAGGCUACUACUGCACUCUUGGCUCUGACACAGCCACGCCGGACACAGGAUUCAAGGGCACUGCGGGUCCGUGUCCCACCGGUCACUACUGUGGAGCGGGCACUGUCACCCCGAAUGUUUGUCCUCUAGGAACUUACAAUAACCAGACUAAGGACACCUCAGUGGGUGGGUGUGAGGAUUGCUCGUAUGGCCAGUACUGUGGAGACACGGGACUUACUGAGCCCUCUGGUCCAUGCUGGGCAGGCUUCUACUGCUUGCUUGGGGCUCAAGUGCCAAAUAACCCAGUGGAAGACUCCACAGGUGGACCGUGUCCCGUGGGUCACUAUUGCCCGAAUGGAACCUCAUACCCAUUGGGAUGCCCACCAGGCUCUUAUAGUCCAACCACUGGACUGGAUUCAUGCUUGACGUGUCCUGCUGGCUAUUUCUGUACCCUCAAUUCCACUGACUACUCUGGCAAUGACUGCCCAGUGGGACAUUAUUGCCCUGAAGGCACAGGAUAUUCAACACAGUUCCCUUGUGACCAAGGAUCUUACAAUGGUGCCACAGGUAGCCAGAGUGUUGAUGACUGCACACCAUGUGACCCUGGCAAGUUCUGUCCGACAUCAGGCAUGUCUGCAGCAGGUUCAGACUGCUCCGCUGGCUGGUACUGUGUACGUGGGGCGUGGUCAUCACAGCCCACUGACAUUGCCAACUAUAGCGCCCCAGCCUGUCACUGCCCGGUCAACUCAACAGGUGGUCAGUGUCUCCCUGGGCAGUAUUGUCCGGCCGGUUCCUCCCAGCCACUCGACUGCCCUCCAGGCUACUACUGCGACGUUCAUGGCCUGAGCAGCGCCACAGCUGAGUGUGAUGCUGGCUACUUCUGUACCUCUGCUGCCGUCCAGAAGGACCCGACAGAUGGAGUAACGGGCGACGUGUGUCCUCCAGGGCAUUACUGCCCCCAAGGAACGGGCACUCCAGAUAAAUGUCCUCCUGGCACGUACAGCAACACAACUGGCAAUGUGGAUCUUUCGGACUGCUUGGAUUGCACUCCAGGCUUCUACUGUGAUGCCUAUGGCUUGUUCGAGCCCACAGCACAAUGCUCGGGCGGCUUCUACUGUCCUGGAGGUCAGAACACCAGCAGUCCAGCUGAGUACAUCUGUACCCCUGGCUCAAUGUGUCCAGUUGGCAGUGCUGCUUUGGUUGCUUGUGCCUCUGGCACAUACCAAGAUAAUUUUGGACAGGCAUCAUGCAAGGAGUGUCCAGAAGGCUAUUUCUGUGAUGGAACCCAGCAAAACAGCUCUGUGUGCUCUCAUGGAGUCCAGAAUCCUGAGCCCUGUCCCAUGGGCUACUACUGUCCUAAUGGAACAAGGUAUUCUACAGAGUUUGGCUGUCCCAAUGGCACAUACUCUGACAGUCUCAAUCUGAAGUCUUCAUUGGAGUGCACACAAUGCCCAGGUGGUUACUACUGUGGUAGCGAAGGCCUGUCCUCCCCCACUGGUCAAUGCUCUGCUGGCUACUUCUGCACCUCGGGUGCUUGGAGCGCCACACCUACCGACAGCAUCACUGGUGAUGUUUGUGAAAUGGGCGGCUACUGCCCGACCGGCUCAAAUGUGACUGUGCCUUGUCCUGCUGGCACGUACAGUGGCAUGUAUGGUUUGCAGCAAGAGAGUGAGUGUGCAGGCUGUGAGCCUGGCACGUACUGCCCUGUGCCUGGCCUGACGUCCCCACAAGCCAACUGCUCCUCCAGAUAUUACUGCAGUGGUAAUGCGACAACCAGUGCCCCCAUUGAUGGAGUGACCGGCAACAAGUGUCCGGUUGGCUACUACUGUCCUGAGGGGAGUGGUCAGCCAAUCCCAUGCGAGGACGGGACGUUUACUGACACAGAACUUAAUGAAGCCUGUCUGCCCUGCACUCCGGGUCACUACUGUGUGAAUGGACAGACCCCACCUGUGGACUGCCCGGCGGGAUUCUACUGCCCAGAAGGUACGGGUGUUGUGUGGCAGUCCUGCCCAGCAGGAACAUUCAGCUCUAGUGUAGGUCUGGCUAAUGUAACACAAUGCACUCAAUGCACCGGUGGCUUCUACUGCGACACAGUCAACUUGACCUCCACUUCCGGACCGUGUGAUGCAGGAUUCUUCUGUCGCUCUGGCUCAGAUAAUAUUCAGCCAUCUGGCCUCGGGGCAGGAGAUGCUGGUGUGUGUCCUCAAGGCUAUUACUGCGUCCAGCAAACCCAGGAGCCUGAGCCAUGUCCUGCAGGGACUUUCAACAACCGGACUGGACUGACCGCUGAAGCAGAGUGCCAGUCUUGUUUGCCUGGCUAUCACUGCCCUGUGCCAGGCCUGGACUUCCCUGCUGGUCUUUGUGAUGCAGGCCAUUAUUGUACGGGAGGCUCCAACAUUUCUAACCCAAGCUCAGUGACAGCCACAGGUGGGCCCUGUCCUAGUGGGUCUUUCUGUGUCUCUGGUUCUAGCAGUCCCCAGCAGUGUGCAGCCGGAACGUACACACCAGUAGAACAGUCUGCUAACUGUACCUCAUGCCCUCAAGGUUAUUACUGUGAGGCUGGAAGUAGCAACAUUACCACUUGUCCUAAAGGUCACUAUUGCCCAGAGGGAACAGAGUUUGCUGUCCAGUACCCAUGCCCUAACGGCACAUUCAAUGGUGCAAGUGGCAGCUCCAGCUACUCUGCCUGUCAGUUGUGCACUCCAGGUUCCUACUGUGCUGGACCAGGCCUGGAGCAGCCCACAGCACUAUGUGCCAGUGGCUACUACUGCACCUCCGGAGCCUGGUCCCCUCGUCCAGCGACUCUUGGGAACGACACUGGGAGCUCAUGUGACUGUCCAGCUCAGAGCACUGGUGGUCAAUGCAAGGCCGGCACUUUCUGCCCUGAGGGCUCCACAGCUCCCACACCCUGCACAGGUGGCUAUUACUGCGAUGCUGAUGGUCUGGCUAAUGAGACAGGAAAAUGCUAUGCUGGAUACUACUGCAGUGGCAAUGCCACUAUUCCCAACCCUGUCAAUGAGACAUUUGGAGACGCUUGUCCACAAGGUCACUACUGCCCUGAAGGCAGCUCAGCCCCAACAGCCUGUGAUGCUGGCACCUACUCUGGCCUCUUCUACAACCAGAAUGUCACCAACUGCCUUCCCUGUACUGCUGGUCAGUACUGCUCAAGCCCUGGACUUGACCAGCCUGUAGACGAUUGUGACGAGGGAUGGUUCUGCCCAGAAGGUCAAACUGUGCCUCAACCUCCAGGAAAUGAGUGUUUAGCUGGACAUCAGUGUCCUCGGGGCAGUCCAGAUCAGAGUCCGUGUGCGUCUGGAUUGUACCAACCGCUGACUGGUCAGGGAAGCUGUGUUGAGUGUCCAGCUGGGAUGUACUGUGACCAGACCGAAGCUAUAUCAGAGCAACAAAGUGGAGUGAGUGCCCCGUCUCAUGGUGUGGUCACUCCCAAGGACUGUCCUGCUGGCUACUUCUGCCCCAAUGGUACUCAGACUGAUAAGGAAAAUCCCUGCCCUCUGGGUACUUUUGGGAAUGCAACAGGCCUGGAGAGUGAGGCAGAGUGUUCUCCGUGCUCUGCAGGCUACUACUGUCAAGCUCCUGGCAUCACCUCUCCAACAGGGCUCUGUAAUGCAGGAUUCUUCUGCAUCCUCAACCAAACCUCUCCAUCUCCCGCUGACAACAGUCAAGGUGGAUCAUGUCCACAAGGAUCAUACUGUGUCCAGGGCACCUCCCUCCCAGAGCCUUGUCCGAAAGGUACAUUUGGUGAUCGCCAAGAAUUACAAGCAUUGUCUGACUGUACGUUCUGCCCUCCGGGAGAGUUCUGUGCUCAAUCAGGUCUCUCUGCACCUAAUGGCUCCUGUUUAGCUGGCUACUAUUGCUCAAAUGCCUCUGAAGAAGCAAACCCAGUUGGUCAGACAUAUGGAGAUGAGUGCCCACCAGGUUAUUACUGCCCUGAGCACAGUUACCAGCCAAAUGCUUGUCCUCACAGCACAUACCAACCAUUUACUCAGCGAGUCGCAUUGAUAGAUUGUUCCUCAUGUGACCCAGGCUUUUACUGUAACAGCACAGGCAGUAGCUCUGUGGCAGGCCCCUGUGACGCCGGCUUCUAUUGCUCUGGUGGUGCCAACUCAUCCGCUCCCACUGACGGUGUGACUGGAGAUAUUUGCCCUACUGGCUCAUACUGCCCCCAGCAGUCAGUGCAGCACAUUUACUGCCCCAAUGGAACGUACACUAACCACUCUGGUGCGGCUCAGUGCUACGACUGCCCUGAAGGUUUCUACUGUGUCAACCGCGACCGUGCAGAUCUGUGUCCUCCCGGCUACUACUGCCCGUACCAGACAGGUGCCGACCUCCAGCCAUGUCCAGCGGGAACAUACAACCCUCUGUACGGCAUGGCCAAUGAGUCAGAGUGCACAGCCUGCGAGGGUGGAAAAUUCUGCCUCACUCCGCAGCUCAGCGCUGUCUCAGGGGACUGUUCAGCUGGAUACUACUGCAGGGCUGGUGUGGAUACAGCUACCCCCUCAGGUAGUCACACAGGUGAUGGAGGAAUCUGUCCUAUUGGUAAUUACUGCCCAGUGGGCACUGCUGAGCCCAUACCUUGCCCACCAGGCCAAUAUAGUGACAGUCCCCAGCAAGCCACUUGCACACCCUGCCCCGCAGGCUACUACUGCGUGGAGAACUCCACCGACUACCAGCAGGUCUGUCCGUCCGGUCAUUACUGCCCACAAGGUACUACUCAGCCGUAUGAGUUUCCAUGCCCUAAGGGUAGCUAUAACCCUGUCAACGGGAGCCAGGAUGACAUGGACUGCUUGGCCUGUCCACCUGGACAGUAUUGUGAGACUGAUGGCCUGUCUGCUCCAUCUGGCAACUGCAGUGACGGCUGGUACUGUACUAGCGGAGCGUUCUCCUCCAUGCCUACGUUCAGUGACAACACCACCUCAAACCUUUCGCAAUGCUCUUGUCCGUUGGCUAACUACACUGGAGGAGAGUGCUGGCCGGGCACCUUCUGCCCAAGUGGUGCUUCGUAUCCUGUGGACUGUACCGCUGGCCAGUAUUGUAGCAUCAGUGGUUUACAUGCACCGGAGGGACUUUGUAAUGCUGGCUUCUAUUGCCCUGGUGGAGACAGCAGGCCUGACCCACCCAGCACUGAAUGUCUUGCUGGUCACUACUGUGAGUCAGGCUCCGCCACGCCCACUCCUUGCCCAGCUGGCACGAUGAGCAACACACCAGGCAACGUCAAUGUAUCCAAUUGUGACGCGUGUACUGCUGGCUACUACUGUGCCGGCACAGGUAACACCAAUUACACUGGACCGUGCAGCGCUGGGUAUUAUUGUCCAGCAGGUCAAGAGAGUCCAGCCCCAGUUGAGUACAACUGUACUCUUGGUCAUUACUGCCCUGUUGCCAGCGGUCAGCCCAUCACCUGUAACCCUGGAUACUACCAAGACGAGGAAGCACAGAGUGCAUGCAAGGACUGUCCAGCCGGAAGAUACUGUGACCCAGCUGAAGUGGCCAGUUUGUCAGGAAUCCCAGGAGAUGGAGUGACCAUCCCAGCAGACUGCCCACCAGGCUACUACUGUCCUGCCAACACUGGAGUGAAGACCAGUUUCCCGUGCCCUGCUGGAACAUUCAGCAACAGCAGCCUUCUUCAGACUGUGGGAGAGUGUAUGAUGUGCACCGGGGGAUACUUCUGUGACUCUGAUGGAUUGACUGCUCCAGCCGACCAGUGCAAUGCCGGGUAUGUGUGUGUAUCGGGUGCUAAUUCCUCUCGUCCAACUGAUGGUGCCACCGGUUACGAAUGUCUGCCCGGCUACUACUGUCCAAAGGGCUCAGACCAGGGUGUCAAGUGUCCAACUGGAACCUUCAGUAAUGCUGUAGGACUGGAGAAUGUGACAGAAUGCCAGGCCUGUACACCGGGCACGUACUGUGAUGUGGAAGGUUUGACCAGCCCAGCAGGGAACUGCACAGCAGGUCAUUACUGUACUCUGGGUUCUGAUGCCCAAAGCCCUAUCUCCCAGUCCUUUGGAGACUACUGUCCUAGCGGUCACUACUGUCCAGAGGGCACAGGCACCCCUGUCCCAUGCUCUGCUGGCACCUACCUGCCUGAUACUGGCCGCACUGCAGACACAGACUGUUUGGACUGUCCAGGCGGUCAAUACUGUGUCUCAGAUGGACUCUCUAACUCUACAGGCUCCUGUGACCCAGGCUAUUACUGUGAGCGAGCCGCCAGCUCGGCCACACCCACUGAUGGAGUCACAGGUGACAUCUGUCCAGCAGGAACCUACUGCCCUCAAGGAACAGCCAGUCCUCUGCCUUGUGAUGAUGGCACUUAUAUGAACCACACCCAGGCUUCAGCUUGUGAUGCAUGCCCGGAACGCUACUACUGUGUCAACAAAGACCGAGCAGAUCCAUGCCCCGUGGGACGCUACUGUGAGGGCUACACAGGAUUCAACAUGUCACUGUGUCCAGCAGGGACGUAUGGACCAACAGAGAUGCUGGCCGCGCAGAACGAAUGUACGGAAUGUGAUGGUGGCAGCUACUGUCUUACCCCUGGCCUGUUUGCAGUCAGUGGGCAAUGUGAUGCAGGCUACUACUGCAGCAGUGGUGUAGAUACAGCCACUCCCAAUGGAGCACACACAGGCACUGGAGGUGACUGUCCCAUUGGCCAUUAUUGUCCUCAAGGGACAGCUGAUCCUAUUGGAUGUGCUGCUGGAACGUACAAUGAUUUGACCAAUCAGGAUGUGUGUAAGACGUGUGAAGCUGGUUAUUAUUGUUUGGCAAACUCUACAACAUACUCAGGAACACCUUGUCCAAAAGGUGCAUAUUGCCCAGCUGGUACAGAAUUUGCUCACCAGUUUGACUGCCCACCUGGUACCUACAACAACAGGACAAAUGCUGACAACAUGUACGACUGCAUCUCUUGUCCAGCUGGUGAAUAUUGUGGCAGUGCAGGUCUACCCGAGCCCAGUGGACUUUGUGCUGCAGGCUGGUACUGCAGUGGCGGGGCUUUUGUAGACAAACCGACACCCAUCAACAACGUGACUGGCUUUGACAGUCUGAACACGUCAUGCCCGGCGUACUCCCUGAAUGAUACAGGAAACAUCUGUGAACCUGGAACUUACUGCCCCACUGGAAGCUCCCAGCAGCUUGCCUGCCCAUUGGGUCAGUACUGUGACCAGUAUGGACUGGCCACACCCACAGGCGAUUGUUACGAGGGCUACUUCUGCAAUGGAAGUUCCUCAACUCCUGACCCACAGCUUUGCUCGAAGGGACAUUACUGUCCUCAGGGCACCACCCUGGAAGUGGACUGUUCUCCUGGUACCUUCUCAGACCGUGAAGGUAACACAAAUGUGACUGGUUGCGACCCAUGUACCGCGGGCUACUACUGCUUGGAGUAUGGGCUGUCUACACCUACGGCUCCUUGUGAUGCUGGCUUCUACUGCCCAGAGGGACAGAGUGUGCCCAGACCCACAGACCUGGCCUGUAGCCCCGGUCACUUCUGUCCACAGGGCAGUCACAACGAGACGGGCUGCCCAUCUGGAACCUACCAGCCACAUUGGCAGCAGAGCAACUGCGAUGCCUGCCCAGCGGGAUUCUUCUGUAAAGCUUUUGGUGACUAUCUGGCUCUGGAUGUGACCAACACCUCCAGCCCUACCAACGUGUCUGUCAGCUACCGCGGGGUUUCAGUACCUACCACCUGCCCACCAGGCUCAUACUGUCCUGACAGCUCUGAGUUCGAGACCCACUACCUGUGCCCAGCUGGCAGUUACAGUAACAAGACAGGCCUUGCCAAUGACACUCAAUGCUCACCUUGUGACCCUGGAAUGUUCUGCCUGGGUGAAGGAAACACUGAGCCAACUGGGCCUUGUUCUCCUGGCUUUUACUGCACAAUGGGAGCUUUCAACUCCACUCCAACAGAUGGGGUGACAGGAGACAUCUGCCCGGCUGGCCGCUAUUGUGAGUCCGGCAGCAUAACCGGUGUGGGCUGUCCGGUGGGGACCUUCAGCUUCACUCUUGGAUUGACCAACAGUUCUGAGUGUGAGCUGUGUACUCCUGGUCAAUACUGCGGUGUAACAGGACUUACUGCUGUCAGUGGACCCUGCUGGGCAGGAUUCUUCUGCAGCCUCGGCUCAGAGCAGCGGGCCCCAACAAGCCAGUUGUAUGGCGAUGUGUGUCCAGCAGGCUUCUUUUGCCCCAAUGGCACAGCCACACCCAACCCCUGCCCCAGUGGGACGUACUUGGACACCACAGGGGCUGGAGAUGUUGGAGACUGUCUCAGCUGUAGUCCUGGUUUCUACUGUGAGAGCACGGGUCAGACCAAUACCACGGGUCCGUGUGGUGCUGGGUACUACUGCAGCUUGGGAGCUAACACCACCACACCAACAGAUGGCACCACAGGAAACAUUUGUCCAGAAGGCUUCUACUGCGAGCAGGGCUCACCUAGUCCUGAGCCAUGCCCCAAUGCGACGUACGUUAAUCACACAGGUGCUUCACAGUGCUAUGUGUGCCCGGCUGGCUAUUUCUGUGUCAAUCGAGAUCGUGCUGACGAGUGUCGCCAGGGCUACUACUGCCCAGAAGGCACCGGGGCAGACUUACAGCCCUGUCCUGGAGGAACGUUUGGCAACACCACAGGAUUGUCUCAGGAGGUGCAGUGUACCCAAUGUACAGGUGGCCAUUUCUGUGGGACGCCCGGUUCACCCGCCGUGGAUGGAGAGUGCCAGGCAGGCUACUACUGUGAGAGUGGAGUGGAUACCGCCACGCCCACAGACACUGGUAUACAUACAGGAACUGGCGGCGAAUGCCCUGUGGGAUCCUACUGUCCUCAAGGUUCUGCUUUGCCUGCCAUCUGUGCUGCUGGCACAUACGCCGGUGUGAAGGGCAAGUCGGCAUGUGACAGCUGCCCUGGAGGUUUCUACUGCGUGGCCAAUACAAGCGACUACAGUGCCACCCCCUGUGAUCCUGGCUACUACUGUCCCACGGGCACACAGCAUGCCUCAGAGUUCCCCUGCCCAGCUGGUUCCUACAACCCCGAUAUUGGACAGGACUCGUCUGCCUCUUGCCGAGAUUGCCCAGCCGGACAAUAUUGCGGCAACUCUGGCCUCUCUGCUCCUAGUGGAAACUGUAGCGCUGGCUGGUUCUGCACGGGUGCUGCUUUCCAGGCAAUGCCAACUGUAAUGGGCAACUAUUCGGCCAUUGAUGUGUGUACCUGUCCUGAGUUUAACACAACAGGAGGCAGGUGUCAGCCCGGUGACUACUGUCCAGAGGGUUCCUCCGCUCCAGUCAAGUGUACUGCAGGCUACUACUGUGAUGACUAUGAGCUGGCUCAACCCAAAGGCAAAUGUGACCCUGGCUACUAUUGCCCUGCGGGACAGACAGAGCAAAACCCAACUAACUUUGUCUGCACUGCUGGCUACUACUGCCAGGAAGGUUCUGCCACACCUACAGCUUGCCCCACCGGAACUUUCUCCAAUGCCACAGGGAACACCAAUGUCACAGAGUGCAUGGACUGUACCCCAGGUUACUACUGUAGUGGUACAGGCCUGACAGAAGAGACCGGUCAAUGUGAUGGUGGCUACUACUGUCCAGGUGGUCAGUCCACAGCCUCCCCGGCAGCUUAUGCUUGUCCAGAGGGUUUCUACUGCCCAGUGGGUUCGGAUCAGCCAGUGAUGUGUGACAGAGGAACAUACCAGGCACUCACUGGCAGGCCCACAUGUGACACCUGUCCAAGAGCCUUCUACUGUGAUCCCUAUGAGCUGGGUAAUGUGACUGGUGUCAUAACCCCAGUCACUUGUCCUGCUGGCUACUACUGCCCGGAUGGCACAGGAGACAAGUAUACGAACCCCUGCCCUCUGGGUACAUACAGUGCCAGCACAGGAAAUCAGGAUUCAAGUCAGUGUACUUCCUGCGAUUUUGGGUUCUACUGUGGCACUCUGGGACUGACUGCGGUUGAAGGUGAAUGUAGUGCUGGCCACUACUGUUUGAUUGGAGCCUCCAGCCCAACGCCCACCGAUGGUGUCACUGGAGACCUUUGCCCCAGGGGACAGUACUGUUUGCAGGGAUCAUUCCAAGGUGAAUUCUGUCCUGCCGGAACAUUCAACAACAUCACUGGCCUACGAAACUAUACCGAUUGCUUCCCUUGCACACCGGGCUCGUACUGUGCAACAGAUGGACUGACAGAGCCCAGCGGAGACUGUAAUGCUGGAUACUAUUGUGAGCUGGCUUCCACAGAAAAUCAGCCAGUGGCCAAGACCUAUGGCUACCGCUGCCCUGUGGGGAACUACUGUCCUCAGGGCACCUUGGCCCCAGUGCCCUGUGCUGCUGGUUCUUACCAGCCUUUGGAAGGUAGUACGAGUUCCUCAGAGUGCGUGUCAUGUGACGCUGGCUACUACUGUCUCCACGCGGGGAACAACUCAGUUACUGACCAGUGCUCAGCUGGUUAUUACUGUGUGGCCGGAGCAGCAACAUCCACCCCUACUGAUGGUGUCACUGGAGACAUUUGCCCCGUGGGCCACUACUGUCCCACUGGCUCCUCCUCCCCUCAACCCUGCGCUGUGAGCACGUACAUGAACCACACCGGUGCCGCAGUCUGCGACAUCUGUCCUGCUGGAUUCUUCUGCAUUGACGGCUCCCAGGCUGAGCCCUGCCCGCAGGGAAGGUACUGCCCAGAAGGUACUGGUGCAAAUGACCAGCCAUGCCCACAGGGCACCUAUGGAGCCAGUGAGCGACUCACGAAUGCGACAGAGUGUACCCAGUGCACUGGUGGCUACUACUGUGACUCCCCAGGCCUCACAGCUCCCACUGCUCAGUGUACAGGCGGAUACUACUGUGUGUCAGGUGUUGAUGUGGCCACACCAAACAGUGGUGUAACCCACACUGGUGAAGGGGAUGAAUGCCCUGCUGGUUCGCAGUGUCCUGUUGGGUCGAGUUCUCCUCAACCCUGUGCUGCUGGCACAUACACCCCCCACACAGCCAUGCCGCUCUGUCUGAGUUGUCCUGAAGGCUACUUCUGUGAGAAUGGUACAGUUACACCAUCUGAUUGUCCCACUGGUAGCUACUGCCCAGAGAGUACUGAGUUCAGCUCUCAGUACCCUUGCCCUCCAGGCACCUACAACAACAAUACAGGUGCUACCAAUGAGACCAGCUGCCAGGACUGUCCUCCUGGUGAGUACUGUGAGGGACAUGGCAAUGUGAUCCCCACUGGACUCUGUGAUGAGGGCUUCUUCUGUGCCGGCAAGUCUUUCCAGCGCAGGCCCUAUGACUCUGGAAACCUCACUACAGUCAAUGGAACAACAAGUGAUCUGUACUCCAACGACACAUGCACUCCGAUGUGGGACUGUGUGUGUUCAGCCUUCCAAAUGACCAGUGGUGGCUUGUGUCCCAUCGGCUACUACUGCCCACAAGGCUCUGCUAAACCGACAGCCUGCGACCCUGGACAGUACUGUGAGACUCCAGGCUUGGCCAUUCCCACAGGAAACUGCAGCAGUGGCUUCUACUGUAACGGCACCAGCAGCUCAGCCAACCAGUGGGUGUGUCCCGUGGGCUACUACUGUGAAGUCGGGACCAGUGUACCUGAGCCGUGCCCUGCCGGAACAUUCUCUGGUUCCCCACAGGGACAGAGUGUGGGAGACUGCACCAACUGUACCGCUGGAUCUUACUGUCAAGGUCUGGGCAACACUGUACCUACUGCCCUCUGUGACCCUGGCUACUACUGUCCUGGUGGUCAAGACACACCAACACCUGGAACCUAUCUGUGCUGGGCCGGUCACUACUGUGAGGCAGGAGCGGUCAUCCCUACAUCUUGUCUCAACGGAACCUACCAGCCAAACCAGGGACAGAGCACAUGCGUAGACUGCUCAGCUGGCUACUACUGUGAUCCCAAUGCAGCCAAUGUUACAGUCAUAAAUGGAGGUCCAGUGUCCACCCCAACCCCUUGUCCAGCCGGCUACUACUGCCCACCCAAGACGACAGCUGGUCAGUCAUUCCCGUGCCCUGCUGGAACGUUUGGCCCAGAUGAGUACUACUCCUCCGUGGACAACUGCACGUCUUGUACCUCCGGCUACUACUGUGACCGGGACGGCUUGGACAGCCCCACUGGCGAGUGCUGGGCUGGCUUCUACUGUACUGGUGGAGCCAGUUCUCCUACUCCUGUCUUUGACAAUGUAAACACCACCGACAACUCCACUUUCACUGGCAACGACCGCUGUCCUAUCGGCUACUACUGCACCAACGGUACAAGCUACCCGAUCCCAUGCCCGAGAGGGACUUUCUCCACAGAGAGGGAAGUGACCAGUCCCGAUGGCUGUGAGCCGUGUCCCCGUGGUCGCUACUGUAACAUCAAGGCCUUCACCAAGGUGGAUGAUGCUCCACUGUGUUCACCCGGCUAUGUCUGUACUGGAGGCAGCACCGUACCUACGCCCAAUAACACCAGUGAAGGCUACAUAUGUCCUGCUGGCUACUUCUGCAUUGAGGGAGCUCUGAUAGAGGAAGGCUGUCCCAUCAGCACAUACCAGCCAUACGAAGGCAUGGACAACUGUACCAUUUGCCCCGCUGGUUACAUGUGCCCCACUAUGAACAUGACGAUGGCUGAACCCUGCCAGUCUGGUUACUAUUGCCCUGAGGGUCAGCUGGUGCCGUGCCCCGCUGGAACAUUCAACAACAUCACAGGUCUGUCCCUGGCCUCCCAGUGUACGGACUGCACCACCGGCCAGUACUGUCAAGGCGUUGGCAACAGUUUCCCUACAGGUGAUUGUGAUGCUGGCUACUUCUGUGAGGGUGGUGCGGACAGCCAAGCUCCAUCCAUCCACAUGACCUACACCUUGAAUGGAGAGUGCAUCCUUGGCCAUUAUUGCCCCCAGGGCACCACCAUCAUGGUGCCUUGCCCGGCUGGUACCAUCAGGAAUAACACAGGUGGUCAGGCGGAGACAGACUGUUUGCCUUGCCCUGGUGGCUACUACUGUGACCAGGACGGCCAGACAGAUCCAGCAGGUCUGUGCACACAGGGCUACUAUUGUCCAGCUAACGACAGCAUCAUCUCUCCGACACCGUCUGGCUAUCUGUGUCCUGUCGGCUACUACUGCCCUGAAGGCACUGCAGAUCCUAAUAUUUGCCCACCAGGCUUGUUCCAAAUUAGUAGCGGUCAGUGGACAUGUGACUCAUGUCCGGCAGGUUCCUACUGCCCAAGCACAAUUCCUCCAGAACUGAAGGACUGCCCACAAUACAAUUUCUGUCCAAAUGGUACUGUUACUCCAAUCCCUUGUGCAGAUGGAACGUUCACAUACGACAACAUGACUAAACUUCAGUCUCAGUCAGAUUGCCUGCCUUGUGAGGCUGGGCAGUUUUGCAGAAACGGCCAACUGUAUGGCAACUGCUCAGCUGGCUACUACUGCAAGUCAGGCUCAUUGGAGAACAUGCCCAACUCCACAUCAGACUUCACCGCAUGUGUUGCUGACACUGUCUGUGCUGGCCUCUGCCCCACUGGCUCCUACUGCCCUGACGGCAUAGAGCUCCCAGUGCCGUGUCCUGCCGACACAUACAGGGACACAGUGGGAGCUGCUCAGGAGUCAGACUGCGCUAGCUGUCCUGCCGGAUCCCUCUGUCCUGAAGGAACCACCAACCCAGAGCCGUGCCCUGUUGGCCAGUACUGUCUGAAAGGCAACGGCACUGAGCCCUGUCCUCGCUUGACUUACAGGAACAUUACCGGAGCAGCUGUCAUCACUGAUUGCUUCCCCUGUCCAGCUGGCUAUUGGUGCAACUACACUGGUAUGGCAAGCUAUGAGUGGAAUCUGUGUCCUCCCGGCUUCUUCUGUCUGGAGGGAGAUGAGCCUCGCCUGUGUCCAGCGGGACGCAUGAGGGACACACCUGGGGCAGGAUCAACUGACGACUGUCCCCUGUGUCGACCAGGGUACUACUGCCCUAAUGACACGGACAACACUCAAGGCAUACCCUGCAGAGAGACGUUUGAGUGUCCAGAGGGGGCCUCAAUUGAAAUCGAUUGCCGGCCAGGAUAUUUCUGUAAUGGAACAACUGGAGAUCCAUACAUCUGCCCCGGUGGCUACAAGUGUCCAAACGCCACAGACACGCCCAUACUGUGUCUUUACCCGUUCUACUGUCCCGAGGGCAGCAACAUGAGCUUAAUGUGCCCACUAGGAUACAAGGCUGACCACCCAAGUGGCAUUCGAGACACCCUGGCCAAAUCUUGCUCCCCUUGCCCUGCCGGCUACUAUGGCAAUGAUACGGAUAGAGCGGACUGCUACAUCUGCCCUGCGGGCUACUACUGUCCCGCGAUGACUCACCAUGGCACUGACAACCCAUGCCCUAUAGGUUCCUAUUGUCCUGAAGGUUCCCCAUGGUAUCUGCCAUGUCCUGCGGGCAUGUAUGGAACCAGAGAACUAGCCACAGAGUAUGCGGAUUGCACCAAUUGUCCAGAGGGUACCUACAAUGACCUUGAAGGUCAGCAGUACUGUCGGGUCUGUGGUAGCUCGGCAACAUCAAGUGUGGGCAGCUCAAUGUGCUCAUGUAUCGGCAAAUACCGUUACUACCAGCCCUCUGAUGGCAGCUGCGAGUGUCUCUCGGGCUACAUCUUCUACGACGAGGCGGAGGGUCAAGCGGUCAAUGGAGACUCGGAUGCGAACUGCCAGCAGGUUGUGGACAGCUCUUGUUCCACCACGGAGGUACGCUGGGCCAGUGACAGAACCUGCAAGAACCCCAGUGCUGUGGACUGUACCACAACUUGCCCUAAUGGAGGAUCGGUGCAAGUCAGUCUGGGAUACUGCCAAUGUGACAACUACAAAGACUACACAGAGAUCUGCAACAUCACGUGUCAGAGCACAACUCAGCCGGGCGUACAGCUAGAGCUGGCCUCGGAUGGAACCAUCAGUAUCUCCAUCACUGAUCCUGUCACUGGCACAACUACCGCUUUUACCAAGACGGAUGUGUACGGGCCAAGCGAGGCCACCACCGGCUCCAGCAAUGUCUAUGUCAUCAACUUCUUUGACACCGGUGUGGCGGGCUCCGUGUACACUGAUGCUGCAUCUGCCCAAGAUAUAUUGUAUGACCUGCCAACACUGGGCUCUGGUGUGCCGAUAGGAAGAAGACGUUUGUUGUCAACCACAAUCCCCUUUAACAUGAUCACCAAUCCUGCCCUGUGUCUGGAGCUGGGAGAAAUUGUUCUCUUUAAUGUCUGGAUCAACUCCACCGACCGUGCGUCAAGCCACUAUCCUGUAUAUGUGAAGAAUCAUCUGUACAACUCCAACCCCACCUUUGACUAUGGUGCCUUCACGCAGCUACAGAACCUGAUUGACAACACCAAUGCUUCCAUCACAUCCUUUGCUCAUGCUUUCACAGCUGCUGGGACUUAUGUGUUUGCUGAUGCGCAAGAGCCUUCUUGGGAGGUGACGAUUGAAGUGAAGGCGACUGGUACUUCCUGUAGUUCCACCUCAGCCCGCAUGAUGCCGGCCACAUCUUCCAACCUGGUGGGACUUGGGGUCUACAAGCAGAGUGUGGCCAACGAGGAGCCCGACUGGGGAAUUAUUGUUGGUUUGAUUGCCUUCUUCGCUGCCUUGGUACUGCUUCUUGUGGUGGCAGUCAUUGUCUGGCGUCCUCAUGACUCAGUAAUCUAUCCAGUCAAACACUGGAAGCCACAGUACAGGAAACUUGGUCUGCCGCCACCUGUACCAUCGUACCUACGUUAUGAUCCAGAUAACUGGCCAGAGAGAUAUAUCAGUAAAACUGAUGCUCUUGGCCCCAGACCAGGAGUGGAGGGAGCUGAGGCUGAUCCCAUUCUGGCUGAUAAAGGUAAAUCUGCUGACGAUCUGGAUGACUUCAAUGUUCGGGUUCUGUAUGACAAGUUGGAAGAUCAGAAUCUACAUCUGGCCUCUCAGUUGGCCCGUCAACAAGAAGACCUCGAGUCAUUCUACAACCGCAUCUGUCAGCAAAAUGAAGAACUAAAAAAACUGCUCAAUGACCUUGACCCAGAGAAAAUGGCUGCUCUUGAAGCCCGCCAAGCAGCCAUUGAGAAGGACGGUCUGCAAGGCGCUGCGGCAGCUGCUGCUGGUGCCACAAUUGUCGGAGCCAGUCUCACGAUGGGAGAGGGCGGAACUAAGGGCAAAUUUGCCGGCACAAGUCAAGGCCGUGAGGAUGACCUUAUGGCAGCACUGAAAAUCCUGCUGGAUAAACUCAACUCUGGCAACAUCCCGCUCAGCCCAGAAAUGUGGGAACAGCUCCAGCGUGGGAAGGCUGCUGGGGCAAGCACAGUGACGAAUGUCAACAUCACCGGCGGAGCUGCACACAUGCAGGCCUCUGGUGCUAAUGGUGAGUUGCUAGGCAGACAGAAUGGAGAGCGCAUACAGCUAGAACAGGAGUUGUCCAGGGAGGAGCGUGAUGCCAUGGAGAACCUGCUACAGGACAACGGCAACAAGGAGAAAGAGACCAUGGCUGCUCUGGCUGCAGAUCUCGAGUCCAAACUGCAAGGUGACCUGAAGGAUGGUGAAAUCAAGGAAAUUUUGUCUCAGCAUGAGAAAGACUUGCACCUUGCCCUUGGGAAGCUAAGCAAAUCCCGGGAGAGACAGAUGGAGGAUCUGAGGCAGAAGCUGGCAGAGAGGAGAAGACAUAGGGAAGAACAACUGAGGAACAAGCACUCUCAGGAGGCCCUGGAGGCUGGUCUUCCUCCCCCCGUCCGAGGUCAUGAUGACACAGAGUCCAAACUGAAGACAGAAGAGGAACAGCUGACCGCUGCCCACUUUGAGCAGGCGGCCGGACAGUCCCAGGCUGAGAUGGAUGCUGACCAUCAGCUGAGCAAUGAGCUCCGACAGAAGUUGUCCAGUAAUCUCACAGACCAGAUGGAGGCCGUGGGGACCCAGGGCUUGGUAUCAGAGGAGAAAGUGAAAGACUUGAUUGACAAACAACGAGCGAUGGAGGCAGAUCUGAACAAGAGGUUUGACCGCCAGAGGGAGGCGCAGCAGCAGCGUUUUAAGGCCAACAUGGAGAAACGACGGCAGCAGCGACUGAGAGAACUUCAGCAACAACAUGACCAAGAAAGAGGACAGUUGUCAAGCCAGCUGACCCAGGAAGGCCGGCAUCAGGACAAGGAGCGUGCUCUGGCCGGUCUGGAGCUACAACAACAGCAGGAGAUGAUGAGCCUGGAGGCAGCGCUGUUGGCCGAGGAGACAGAGCUUGGACGGCAGAUGUCUCAUGCUCUGGACGAGGAACAUACAGCUCUGGUCAAGGAUGAACACCGCAAGCUCUCUGACCAGCUCAUAGCUCUGACCCCAGAAGCUGAUCGCUUGACCGCUCAAAGAAUUGUAGACCAGCACCGUCGUCGUCUGGACUCUUUGGACCAGGAUCUGGAAGUACAAAAGACACGCCAGAUGGCAGAACUGCAAGCCAAAUUAGCAUCGAGGAACGAACGCAAGAAACGUGAGGGCGCGAGAAAGCUCGAAGAACUGGCAACUCAGAAGUUUGUUGCUGAGCAAAAUGAACAGAUGUCUGGUCUGAAGGGGGCGGACGAUGGCUUUGUGGCUGGAGCUGACCUACAACACAUGCCGGCUGUCACUUACUCGGAGACCCCAGAGGAAAUGGCAAUGAAGAGACAACAGGAACGAGCCCAGGAAGAACUAAAGAAGCGUCACCAGACAGAACGUGACCAGCUAGCAGUCAAGUUAGACACCGAUGCCCAGCGCCAGGAGCAGGAGAUGGCCCGGGCCCUGGAUGCUCAGACAGAGCAAGCCUUGAGGGAGAAAAAGAGCAGACAUGCUGCGGAGGAGGCAGCCAGGACAGACCUUAGUCAGGACGAAAUGGCCGCUCUGAUGGCAGCUCAUGCCCAGGAGGUGGAUGCUCUGACCGAGCGUCUGGACAAUGAGAAGAUGCGUCAGCAACGAACCCUACGGGACAAACUGGCAGAACAGAGGAAACGACGAAUGGAGGAGCUGCGCCGUCGCCAGGAUGCUGAGCUCAUGUCAGAGAUGUUGGAGCAGAAGAAAGAACUGGACAACGUCAGGCUCAAGCAGGCUGUGCAAAUUGAACAGAAAGCAAUAGAGGAAGGAAUUCGAGAGAAUGGUGAGGAGGACAGUGACAAAGUUGUUGAAGCCGUUCUUGCCAGGAGACAUGCUCAGGAAUUGCGCGACCUUGAAGAUGAGUUUGCCACAAGGAAGAGAGUAUUCGUGGAUGAAGCCAGAGGUCGUCUUGCAAAGAAAUACGAUGGUUUGCGAAAUGAGAUGAUGAAACGACAUGAACAGGAACUGGCUGCUCUUGAGAAACUGCCUUUGAGCCCAGAUGAAAAAGCAGAGCGAAGAGCAGCCCUCCUGAAUGAACAACAAAUUGAAGCAGCCAAGCUGGAACGUCAGUUGGCCCAGGAAGAAGCCGACAUAGAACGUGGAGCUCUCCGGGACUGGGAGGCAGAGUUUGCUCGUGCCAAGUUAGCUCUCAAAGAGAAACACUAUAAGGAGUUUGCGGAAGCCCUGCGUCAAUUCUCUCCUGACCACCAGGCGGCUCAUGAUGCUGAGGUCUCCGCUGGGGAACUGGAGCGUGUCCGAGCUGAGCUGGAGCAACGCAGAAAGCAAAAGGAGGAGGAGAUGAGAAGAGAACAGGAGGCUUUUGAGAAAUCUGAGGGCAAACGUGUGGAAGCUGAAGUCGUAUCUUUCGCCAAGGAACUGGAGCUUGAGACACAGAAGGAAAAGGAGAAGCAGGAGAAGAACAUUGAAGCUCUGAACAAGAGGAAAGAGGAAAUGUUGAAGGAGCAGAAGGAGAAAAUGAAGGCCGAUCUGGAAAAGAUGAAGGCUAACGGAGCAAGUAAGGAUGAGCAAGACCGACUGAUCAAGGAACACGAACGGUCAGUGAACCAGCUGGUCACCAAGAUGGAAGCGGACAGGCUGCGCAUUCAAAGUAAUCUGCAGGACAAACUCAAGAAACGCAAGGAAGAGAAGCUCAAGGCAAGAGAGAAGGAGGUGAAGGAUAAUGUGGCGGAGCAGAAGAUGGCCAUGGAGGCUCAGCUCAGGAGUGAGAGAGACAGACUGCAGAAUGACGAGAUUCUGGCGUUGAACCAGGCUCUAAACUCAGAUGGUCUCAGUGCUCAGAAGCAGUCAAUGCCUCUGCUCACUGCAGCAGCCCUACCAGCGCCCACCUCUGGGGCAUCGGACGAACCAGCACAGCCUCAGGGCAGCCAGGAGAUGCCCCCAGCAUACGCAAUGGCCGCUCCACUCAACGAGGCUGAGCUCAUGUCUCUGCUGAUGGCUUCCCCGCUGUACCAGAAACUGGAGAACAUGAAACAGGCGGUGGCUGGAGGCAGUCUUAGGUCUGCACCGAGUGUGCCAGAAGGUGAUGGUUUUGUAGACGAGCGUGAAAAGUCUUGGGAGAACGACAAAGAACUGAAGCCCAUGGACUUGAACAAGCUGAAUGCUCGCUCUCUCGUCAUCUACAAGUUUGGUUGCCAUGUUGCUCAGCUCAUAGCUCGCCGUUGCCAGCAUGCACCCGUCAACAUCCUGCUGGCGGAGAGCAUUCCCAGCAGCCCUCAGCUCUCUCGCAACAUGUACCGGAACUCUUUUGCUUUCGAUGCCAACAACAGGAUCCUGUACCUCCGAGCUGCUCGCCUGGAGACGGUGGGAGAGUACGUGCUUGUGUUGACACACUGCCUGGCUCAUAUCAAGUCUGGUGACCUCAGGGACGACACAUCGCCAGAAUUCCAGAAGGAAUACCAGCGUGCCCUUACUGUGGUCUGUGAUGACUUGUUCAUGUCUAAGACAAGGCGGGUGGAGAACAAUGCAACAGACCCUGGCUCAAAUCUCAGCCCUGCCCAAGCUCAGCAGCUUCUCCAGUCCAUGUUUGACAGUUGCCCGAGCGAGGACGCCCGGACACGCAUGAUGGAGGAGUUGUUGGACGUGCGUCUCAUGCCUGAUACCAUGAGAGAUGGGGCACAGCUGACCAAGGAAAGAAUGGCUCAGAGAAUUGCCAAGUACAAUGACUUUGCCUCUCUGAACAAGCUCCAGAGCAUGCUGGGAGACAUGGAGGACAAAGUUCAUCAGGCUAAAGGUCAAGGAUCACAUGAAAAUGUUGUGUCACAAAUGGCAAAUCUGAGCAGUAAAUUUUCGACGUCAGGAAACUCUGCAGCCAAUCAAGAACAGGCUGCUCCAUCAUUUGUGAUGGCAAAUAUGAGUGGCAACGCCUUGUAUCAAACAUUUGAGAAUUCACUGGACAGAGACGGAGCUGACAAAACAGACAAACCACGGAAGGCUGCUCCAACCCCAGACUCUGCUCAGGACAAAGUGGAUGAGCUCAGUGCAGACUUUGCCAGAGUUAACCAGCAAUUGAUCCAACAGCAGGACAAGAUUCGCGCACUGGAAGAAGAGGUCAGCGCAGAACUGGAGCUCCUUGAGAGCAGCCGAGGGAAGGACCAAGGUCUUCACAAGGACAAACUGACCACAGCUCAAGAACAGUUGGCUGAGGCCCGCCAGGAGACCAGUCAGCUGACCAUGAACAAGGACAGGAUAGUGAGGCUGUUGUCCGAGGCUCAGGCCGGAGGAGACAAACAGGCAACAGUGGAAGAACCCACUCAGCCCGCCCCAAGGAGAGGGAGGCAACAAAAGUCUGGGAAAAAAUAAAUAAUGUGGAAAACAUUUUUUUUAAUAUAUGGGAGUAAAGAUUGUUUGUGAGAGUUAACAUGUGUACAAGGGACAAAAAACCCAGUAAAGACAAGAAAUUGAAGGAGAAAAAAAUACAUAAUAUGAAAUACUAAAACAAGAACGCAAGAAUAAAGAUUUCUUAGUGAAGAGUUAAAACAGAUAUCAGGGACAAAAAGAAAAAGAAAAGAAAUUGGAGGAGCAAAAAAUAAAUAAGUUGUGUGAAGGAAAGAAGUGGACAUCCUGGAAAGCUAUUGUAUCAAGAUAUGGUGUGAAUUAGAAACUAGGCGGAAUACGACGAAGCAGGAAAAGGAAGAAACAGAUAUCAGGGGGAAAACAACUCAAGAAAGGGGGUGAAUAAACAGGUGAGAUAAGACAUGGAUUAAAUUGAUGAAAGUAUCAUAGUUUUUCCUCACAUCAGACUGUAUGGUACCUCAUGGUUUCCUCAUUUGAUUGCAUUUUUUCCCUAACUGUGGGGUGAUGACUUGCAUACAAUACAUUUUUGAAGAAGCUGGGUCUGAAAUUAUAUUUCAAUGUUUUCUUAAGCUUUUUAAAGUCCAAGAGGGAUUUUAUUACCCUUAUGUGAUACAUAUUUACAUUAAUGCAGCAUAACUGUGAUCAAAGUGCCUAUAAGAUGCUCACAUAAAGGUAUUAUUCUGAUGGACGAAGGAAAACGUUUUGAUUUUAACCCAACAGGGUAAAAAUCAGAAUGUUAGGCUGAAAUUGUACAUAUUUUUGUAUUUGUGAGAUUAACUUUUUAAAAUCUAUUUUUCCUUUUAUCUAUUUUUUGACAGUGAUAAAUUUACUAAGUUCUUUUUAUUGUUUACUAAAGCUUUUCCGUCCUCUUCAUGUUUUACAUAUGUCUUGCCUGAUAUGACUUGAAAGCACAUUCCAUGUAAACAUUUGAACUUAAGUUCUAUUUCAUCAGAGAAAUUUGUGUUAUUGUUACUGUUUUUCGCAGAGUGUGUUAAAUAUUUCAGCAACAUCAAUCCUUUGGUGUCUGUAGAAGUGCAUUGCUAUAAUUGUUAUUAUUAUUAUUAUAAGUUUAGUUUCAUCGAUCUGUUUAGGUAAUGUAACUAUACAAUACAGAAUUUAACUACCCUUUUCUUUGUGCUGAAUGCAGAUAAGUGUCAUGGGAUUUCUUUGUUCAUAGUUUUUGGCCUUUCAUGUUCAUGGCACAUUCAUUCCAUUCAGGCAUGCACCUUACAAAUGUUGUAGUUUCUGUAAUUUUAGGUUCAAGAGACACCUGUUCACCAUUAGUCAUUAGUUAGGUCCAUCCUACUUUCAACUAUUACUCUUUGCAGUUAGUAGUAUAAAAGUGGGUUAGAAGAAAAAAAAUACACUAAGGAAUUGUGACCAAAAUGCAUUUACAAUUUUAAUAUGCUCUUUAAUUUUUUAACUUUCUUCAGCUGAUGUUGUUAAUAAUAGUGCAACCGUCUUGUUGAAUUUGUUUUUUAUCUCUUGUUGUGUACAGAAAAUAUUGUUUUUUUCCGUCCAGAAUUUACUCGACUUAAUAUCUGACCAAUGACUCUGUCACGAUCAUGUGCUAAUAAAAUAUACAGCAAAAUUAUAAAAA